AUGUUGUCCUCACGUCCCGUUCGCACAGCAAUCAUAGGCCUAUCGUCCACCGUCACGUCAUGGGCGGCGGCUGCACAUUUGCCAGUCCUUGUAAGUGGCCGCUACAAGGAUCUUUUCCAAAUCACCGCCCUCUGCAACAGCAGCGUGGACGCUGCAAAAUCCGCAAUUCAACAAUAUCAUCUUGAUCCUUCAGCGGUAAAGGCUUAUGGCAAUCCCGCGGAUCUUGCUGCCGAUCCUGAUGUUGAGCUUGUUCUAUGCAUCACACGGGUCGACAAGCAUUACGAAACUAUUCUUCCUAGCAUUAAGGCAGAGAAAUCCGUAUUCAUCGAAUGGCCAAUUGCGAGUAGCAUUGCAAAUAUCGAAGAGUUGGUAGCAGCUUAUCAGGCCAAUGGAAAUAAAUCUCAAGUGGUGGCUGUUGGCCUUCAGGGUCGAUUCUCUCCCCCGGUCGUCAAAAUCAAGGAAGUCCUUCAGUCUGGAAGACUUGGGAAACUGCUGAGUACCGAAGUGAGAUCUUUCGGAGGAACGAAGGAUAGACAGAACUUAAUUAGUGGACUGGAAUAUUUUACUCGAAGGGAAAUUGGAGGUAAUGCUAUUACCAUUGGAUUCGGCCAUGUGAUCGAUUACGUUCAAUCUGUUGUGGGCGAUGUCAUGCCCGGAACCGAUCAUGUGCAUUUGGGGCUCCAGCGUCCAGAAGUUGGCCUCAGAGAUCCGGCGACUGGAAACAUCAUAGACAGAGUUCGUUCAGAUGUUCCUGACUUAUUAAGCUUGCACGGUACGCUCCCAGAGUCCAACUAUAUCGCUCAGAACGCAAGCCUAGUGGCCUAUUUUGCGAGGGGCCAACCUUAUCCGGGCGAGUCCUCACUUGUGUGGACAUUGAAUUGCGAGAAAGGAACGAUUCGACUGAAUUCUCCAUCGGGAAUCGCUUUGGGCGCCAAUGCAUAUGAAUCGCCGGUUACCAUUUCGGUGCAUCAUUUUGACACUGACAAGGUAGAACAGAUUGAAUGGUCUUGGUCGGAGGCUCAGCUAGGUGUCCCUAUACCGUCACGGUCAAUGCAGGUGUGUCUGGUAAGUCUUGCGGAAGGUAAGAAAGAAGGUUAUGUUGCGUUGGAAGAUGCAGCAAAGAGAGCAAGACAAAUUUCCAGAUGGCUGGAGUCUUUUCCCGCACAAUCUUAA